AUGCCGGAGCAGAGCAACGAUUACCGCGUGGUGGUGUUCGGCGCUGGCGGCGUCGGGAAGAGCUCACUGGUCCUGCGCUUUGUGAAGGGCACGUUCCGGGACACGUACAUCCCCACGAUCGAGGACACCUACCGGCAGGUGAUCAGCUGUGACAAGAGCGUGUGCACGCUCCAGAUCACAGACACCACGGGCAGCCACCAGUUCCCCGCCAUGCAGCGGCUGUCCAUCUCCAAGGGCCACGCCUUCAUCCUGGUCUUUUCCGUGACCAGCAAGCAGUCGCUGGAGGAGCUGAGCCCCAUCUACCAGCUCAUCGUGCAGAUCAAGGGCAGUGUGGAGGACAUCCCCGUGAUGCUGGUGGGGAACAAGUGUGACGAGACGCAGAGGGAGGUGGAUACCCGCGAGGCCCAGGCCCUGGCGCAGCAGUGGAAGUGCGCCUUCAUGGAGACGUCGGCCAAGAUGAACUACAACGUGAAGGAGCUCUUUCAGGAGCUGCUCACGCUCGAGACCCGUCGCAGCAUGAGCCUCAACAUCGACGGCAAGCGCUCCAGCAAGCAGAAGAGGGCCGAUCGCAUCCGGGGCAAGUGCAGCCUCAUGUGAGCCCCGAGGCCCGCCCACCGCCACCGCCCGUCGUCAUCAUUGCCAUCGACAUCUCC